GAUUGUUUUAGAAUCCUUGCUUACUCUUUUUUUGGAUGUACAUGUUCCCUCUCAGCAGCAAAAGCAGAAGCCGGGAUACUCACUGUGAGGAGGACGUGAUGCCCAAGGUGUGUUGGCUUGACUCUUCCUCUUCCGAUUUCCUUCCAGAACCAGCCCUCACAAGCGAGCACUUUGUGGGUGCAGCCACACGUACAAUUCACGUAUACGCUACCGCUUGAUUCGUGGGCACUCUUGCACUGUGUUGCCAUCCAACAACAAACCAGCAGGUAGCACCAAAGCAAGCACCAAUUUCAACUCGUUGCAUCCUUGCUCAGUGAACCAACAACCCCUUUUGUCAAACCAUGGCGUCUGUGAGUCUGGGGAGCCCAGCGGCCACCAAGGCCGCAGCCUCGGCAUCGCGGCCACCUGUGAUGGGCGGAGUGCCAGUGAAACUUCACCUUGCGUCCCGAUUAGGAUUGGUCUCAUUGCUGCUAGUCGCGACCACGGCAGGGCUAUUGGGUUAUCAACCCUCUUUUGUGACCCGGGCUGUCGCUGACGAGCCAGCAAAGAAUUCAGCAUGCGUAAUAGAAGCGAACGGCGGCCAGACAACGUGUACGUGUGUUUCGACGGAAGAAGGAAAGCCGAAGGAUCUUGCAGCAACACUGUCAGCAACUGCAUCCGUUCUGCAGCUGGUUUGCGAAUCAACAUUAACAUUCGCACCAGAUGAAGCAGACAAGCAAGUGUGUCCAGCAGAGACGACGAACCUCCAGACCUGUGUCAGUAAUGGUGACAGUAAGACAUCCAUCGAUGUCACGAGCCUACUCACUGGCAACACAGAGGGCAUAAAGUGGGAAACAGUUACUCGCGAGGCCCAAGGCACGACGAAGAAACUGAGCAUUCCGCCGGCAAAUCUCCCCUACACCGACCAAAGAUUCGCUGUGGGUUGCCUAGACAGUGGCAAAACCACUACCAAAUGCAAACUGACUGUGACCAUUGAGGCAAGAGCAAGCGUGACACAAGACCAGAUCGUCACAUGUGCCUACGGAAAGACUAGCAAUCAGAAACAUCAAAGCAUCAAGCUGAGCCCGUCGCAAAACAAGUUCACUCUGGUCUGUGGAAAGGAUGGAGAAGUUCUCCCGACGAAAUACCAGAGCACGUUCUGUGUCCGUAAGGACGGAGUAGAUGCCAGGGCUGAGUGCAGCGGCAACUACACAGAUGUUAUCCCAGCUUACGAGACCCAGUGGUGGAAGCACGACGCAGCCCAGCACACAUUCACUUUGGAGAUUCCAGAGGGCGGUUUCCCUGAGAAAGAAACACAGAUCAUGGUUGGUUGCCAAAAGUCAAAGAAGGAUGCUACUGGCACAGAUAACGAGGUCAGAGAAGAAGCGUCAUCCGAAUCGCCGACAGUCUGCAGCGUUGAUGUGACGAUUGAGGCUGUCGCGUCGUCUGCGUCUUUGUCUGGAGGCGUGGCUGGGGUGUUCUCUUGGUUUUGUUCGGUCGGGGCUUUUUUGACAGUGUCAUGUUUGAUGAUGUGAGCCGAGUCGGCGAGUGCGUGGAAAUGUCCUUCAUGAACGGGUGCAUUGGAUCGCGACGCAAUGUGUUCAAUAAUGCUCACAGUUGGCGAUGUGCCUUUCUCUUUUCUUUCUGUACUAAAUAUUGCAUAGUUCGUCUCG